GGCACGGGUUGUGCCAUCGAUGUAGCCUUUGAGGUUGAAGCGGAGGAUCAAGAGACGAAACAAUCGACUCCACUUUUUGUAAUUGGGUUCUGAGAGACUGAGUUGGACAGGAAUAUGGAGUGUAAUGUUAGAGAUUGUGGUGAAGGCAAGGUGGGGAGAUUUGGUGGUGUUGUUAUUGUCAGAGGCUACAUCGAUGGCACAACCCGUGCCUCCUCUGCAGAUGAUGCUGAAUGGUAUCAAUUUGAUGCCCUAAUUCAAGGAUGGAUCUUGGCUACGAUCACGGAUGAAGUCUCCGACCUUGUGCUCGCCAACAAUCUCACUGCUCAUGCACUAUGGACGGCUAUUUACAAUCUUUUUCACGACAACAAGCACGCCCGGGCGAUGCAACUAGAGCAUCGUUUCCGUACAACUGUCAAGGGCCAACUCUCCAUCAACGAAUAUUGUCGUCUUCUCAAAAAUCUCUCCGAGUACCUGGACGACGUGGAUGCUCCUGUCACCGAACAUGCUCUUGUACUCCAGAAGGAAGAGAGGAAGCUAUUGCUUCGGAUCCAGGAGGGGAGCGAGGAGAUCGAGAGGCUGAGGGGGAGAGUGCAGGAACUGGAGAAUUCAGAGUUUAAGUUGAAGGAGUGCUUGGAGGAGAUGAAUAAGGAGAUGGGCGAGCGAGAUGAGAUGUUGAGCUUGAUGGGUUCUACUGAUAUUUCUUCUUGUGAGAUUGAGGGUGGAAUUGGGAAGGUUAGUGUUUCGGAUUCAGAGAGAAUGGAUUUCGGGUUUGGGGCCGAAGAGUUUUUCUCGAGGAGUGCGAAUAGUAUGGAAGAAGUUCAUAGUGCUUAUGGGGGGCCAAAGCUAUUCAGUUCUGCUUCCAACUUCUGGCCUGAAAGAGCUAGUCCUUGGCAGAGUAGAAUCGAAUGUCAAUUCCAGUGCAACUACCGUUCAUCGCAGAAGUGGCAGGUUGUUGCUCCUACACAGGAACAAGUGAGGAACCCAAUCCUUGAGAAUCUUCGUGGAUUGAACUUGAAUCUUCUACCUGCCGGCAGAAACCCAAUAACUCUUGAAAUGAUCAUUGUGAAUCAAGAACUAAUUGUUGGAGACAACCACAGAAUGUCAGAAGAAACCCUAUCUUUUCGCCACUUCUUCUUACCUUCAUGCCUGGAGCCAGGCCUGUCGAUCCUCGUCGCUCCUAUCUUCUUCGUCGCCAUAGAGAUACCUCGACGCCGGGCAGUGGUCUUCCGAUCCCCAUAGAGUACCGCAAUCCCUACUGCCUCCAAUUUACAGGUUUUACUUUAUCUUGAAAAUACUCUAAUGGUUAAAUUAUGUGAAUUUCUUUGCAUAUCUCUUGAAAAUACUCUAAAUUCUUCAAUUAUAUGAAUGAAAAUAUUCUAAUUCUUCAAUUAUGAGGAUUUAUUUGCUUAAUUUUUGUUACCUCAAUUUGAUUUUUGAUUUUCUUUUUAUUGAUAUACUUUUAGAUCAGAUUUUUAAAUAAAUUUUUUUAUCUAAAAAUAUGAAAGAAUCAAAAUUAUUUUUUACUAGUUUUUUUGUUCACACCUACUAGGUUUACAGUAGGUUUGAAAAACAAAUUUU